AAUUCUACAUUUACAUGGUCCUCCUCAUACCAUCCUUCCUAACUGAACUGAGAGCUAGAUUCAGCUUCCACCAGUUGAGCCACCAUUUUCUGUUAACGGUUGUCACACAACCGUCUUCACGCAUUCUUCACAAAAAUCUAAAUCCAAAUUCUAUUCCAAAUCCAAAUCCCCCUGUUUCUUCUCAACAGCUCCCAUCAUUUUUUAUUUUUUCCUCGUAUUCAUGAACACUGAAUCCACUUCAGAUUCAUGAAGACAUAUAAAGGAAUGCAGCGGCAGCAGAAACAACAACGCUUCACCAACCCCUUCACCCUUGUCACCGAUGAAAUCAUCUUUGCAAUCCUCGAUUUUCUCGGCCACGACCCAUUUUCCAGGAAAUCCUUCUCGCUGGUCUGCAAGUCCUUCUACUCCGUCGAAUCUCGCCACCGCAAAACCCUCAAGCCUCUCCGCUCCGAUUUACUCCGUCGGAUUCUCCUCCGUUACCCCGUUAUCGAUCAUCUCGACCUCUCUCUCUGUCCUCUCAAUGAGGGCGAUUCGUGGGAUGUGAUAUUGUCGCUGUGUAAGUCAACUCUGCGGUCUAUUAAGCUUUCUCCAUCGAUGUUUUUCGCGAAUGUGGGGUUCUCAAAGUUGGUGAUGAACUGCUCGGAUCUGGUUGAGAUUGAUUUGUCUAAUGCAACUGAAUUUACGGACUCCGGGGCUGCAGCGAUCGCCAAGGCGAAGAAUUUGGAGAGGUUGUGGUUAGUGAGGUGUAAGCUGGUUUCGGAUAUUGGGAUUGGAUGUAUAGCAGUUGGGUGUAGGAAGCUGAGAUUGAUUAACUUGAAGUGGUGUUUACGUGUUGGUGAUUUGGGCGUUGGUUUGAUCGCUAUGAAGUGCAAGGAGAUCCGUUGUUUGGAUCUCUCUUACUUACCGAUCACAAAGAAAUGUCUUCCAUCUGUCCUGCAACUUCAACAUCUUGAAGAUUUGGUUCUUGUAGGAUGCUUUCAUAUCGAUCUUGAUGGCCUCACAAACCUAAAACAAGGUUGCAAGUCACUUGAGGUGCUUAAUAUGUCAAAUUGUCCUUGUAUCAGUCAUUAUGGACUGUCCUUUAUAACUAAUGGUGCUGAAUGCCUAAGGCAGUUUAACAUAUCAUAUGGUCCUCCUGUCACACUUGAUCUAGCAAAAUGUUUGCAGUAUUUUUCGAACCUGCAAUCUAUUAGAUUAGAUGGUUGCAUUGUUACAUGUUCUGGGAUGAAGGCCAUUGGAAAUUGGUGUGCAUCUCUCAAGGAGCUGAGCCUAAGUAAGUGCUCAGGAGUGACAGAUGAGGGUCUCUCCUUGAUUGUACAGGGACACCAAGAAUUGAGGAAGCUGGACAUCACAUGCUGUCGCAAGAUAACUCAAGUCUCUAUAAACAGCAUAACAAAUUCUUGCACCUGCCUCACUUCCCUUAGGAUGGAGUCAUGUAGCCUGGUUCAGAGUGAAGCUUUUGUGUUGAUUGGACAGUGUUGUCAAUUCUUGGAGGAACUGGAUGUCACAGAUAAUGAAAUUGACGAUGAGGGUUUGAAGUCCAUUGCAAGGUGUUCCAAACUUUCUAGUUUAAAACUAGGGAUUUGCCUAAAAAUAACUGAUGAUGGAAUCGCCCAUGUUGGAACUGGUUGUCCAAAGCUUACCGAGAUUGAUUUGUACAGGUGCAUUUGUAUAACCGAUGUGGGCAUUGAAGCAAUUGCUCAUGGUUGUCCUGAUCUGGAGAUGAUAAACACAGCUUAUUGUGAUAAAGUUACAGAUGCAUCCUUAGAAUCAUUGUCAAAAUGUUUGAGGUUGAAAGCACUAGAAAUUCGAGGAUGCCCUGGUGUCUCAUCAGUUGGUUUAUCAGCCAUUGCUCUGGGAUGUAGGCAGCUUAUGAUGCUUGACAUAAAAAAAUGUCAUCAUAUUAAUGAUGUUGGAAUGGUUCCACUUGCUCAAUUUUCUCAAAAUCUCAAGCAGAUCAACUUCUCAUAUUGUUCUGUGACAGAUGUGGGGCUCCUGGCACUGGCCAGCAUUAGCUCCCUACAGAACAUAACUAUCCUGCACUUGACAGGAUUGACUUCAAAUGGCCUCGCAGCUGCUCUGUUGGCAUGCAAAGGACUAAUGAAAGUGAAGCUUCACAGAUUUUUUAAGCGACUGCUCCCCCAUUCCCUUCUUGAUCACAUGCAAUCCCGCGGUUGUGUGUUUCAAUGGAGGGACAAAGCCACCACACAGGUGGAAACAGACCCCAUGGAAUGGAAGCUGCAUCUAGGAUGAUGGGCAAUUACAGUUCCUAAAGCCCCCCAUCUCAGGAAACAGAGAUACUGUACCCCUGUGAUGCUGCAGACAAGACCGGUUUGGCCAAAAAGUUGGCCAAGAGUUUCAGUUUAGAUGGGAAUUCUAACUAAUGGAGACUGAAUCAGGUUUGCCUCUGUUUCUACUACAAGCAUGAUAGGGACAUCCUUGUUUGGUUUUAAGCUUCAGUUGCAGCCCCCCACCUCUGACCUCUUAAACUAGAUCAUAAAAGAGUGAACCAAAAAACAAAACAUAAAUGGUUGGUCCCGUCUUGGGUUUGUUUCCCAAUGAUCAUCAGUUUGAGUCCCCUUAGGGCCACCCGAGGUUUAUCCGGUCGUUAACUUUAGAGCCCUAUGGGUCCCCUCAAGAUCACUCGAGGUUUAUCCUAUCGUUAACUUCAAAGCCCUGUGGGAGGUGCGCCAUUAUAAAAAAACCUAAGGGAUUAGUCGAGGUGCACAAUUAUAAAAAAAAAAAAAAAAAAAGUUCCCAAUGGUAAUGACAAUACAUUUUAUACAUAUGUCCCUUUUACUUUUGGAAAUAAAAAUCAUGGGCAUUAACCCUAUUGUUUAAUGGUUCUUGAAAAUUUCAAGGGAAAAUGCAAAGGGUGAAGAAAGGAUUAAAUAAUUUAAAAUUUUAAUUAUAUCUAAUUUUUUAAAUAUAUCUUUUUAUGAAAAAUUAAACAUAUAUUUUCUAGAAAACCAAUAUAGUGGGAAAAAAUAAAAAUAAAAUUGGGCUGUUGACAUUGCAUGGGAAUCAACCACAUUCAAUGAGUACCUCAUUGAGGAAUUGAAAUCAGGUUCCACUAUAUCAUCAAAAAGUGCGAUGAAUCAACUAUGUCACAUGUAAAUUUAGGUAUAUUGUAUCAAAUUCAGUCCAUUGCUUUAUUUUUAUUUUGUCUCUAUCUACUCUUAUUCUUUUAUAUAUAUGUCUAAAUUUUAUCGUAUA